ACCCCAAAAGGCCAAAACACAGAGACCAAAAAAAAACAAUGGUGCUACUUCUCCGAUAUCGAUCCAUAACGAUAAAUCUCACUCCUUUAAUCCCCAAAUCUCACAAAUUCCACACUCUCCAAUCAUUUCGUAACCCUAAUUUCAUCUCCACCCCAAAAGUCUCAGCCUCUUCGAACAAUCCAACACCAACAACGAAUCGUUCGAUCUCCGACGCGGCCAAAUUCGCUAAGUCAGUGUUAUUCAUACCUCCUGGUGUAGAGAUUGAGGAACUAACAGAUGAUAUGGUUCUUCCGGGCUCCAAUAUCGUAAUCGGACCUUUUGCGGGUCAUUCACAAAUCAAAGAAGUUGAAUUUGUUAAAAGUAGUGCUCGAGCUAGAGAUUGUCCUAAAGAUGAUCGUCCUGAGAUUGCGAUUUUGGGUCGUUCUAAUGUUGGCAAGUCUUCGCUUAUCAACUGUUUGGUUCGUAAGAAGGAAGUUGCUCUUACCUCUAAGAAACCUGGGAAGACUCAGCUUAUAAAUCAUUUCUUGGUGAAUAAGAGUUGGUACAUUGUGGAUUUGCCUGGUUAUGGAUUUGCUAAAGUUUCAGAUGCUGCGAAAACAGAUUGGUCUGCGUUUACUAAAGGUUACUUCUUGAAUAGAGACACUCUUGUAUGUGUUCUUCUUCUGAUCGAUGCAAGUGUUCCUCCUCAGAAGAUUGAUCUUGAUUGUGCUAAUUGGCUUGGUCGCAACAAUGUACCGAUGACUUUUGUGUUUACGAAAUGCGAUAAAAUGAAAGCAACAAAAGGGAAAAGACCUGAUGAGAACAUCAAAGCUUUUCAACAAAUCAUUAGAGAGAAUUUCAAAGUACAUCCUCCUUGGAUUUUGACGAGUAGUGUAUCCGGUUUGGGCAGAGACGAGCUUCUUCUUCAUAUGUCGCAGCUGAGAAACUACUGGGAUCAAUAGGAAUCUUGUAAAUUUCGCAGACAAAUGUUCGAAAAG